AAUAGUCUCUGUGCAUCAUGUGGUACUCUGAUUGUGCCCAAUGCAGCCAAUAUGUGCAUAGAAUGUGUUCGUGCAAAUGUGGACAUCACUGACGGAAUCCCAAAACAAGCUACAGUGCAUUUCUGCAGAGGUUGUGACCGGUAUCUUCAACCACCCAAUAUAUGGGUUGCUUGCGAACUUGAAAGCCGUGAGCUUCUUGCCUUGUGUUUGAGAAAACUCAAAGGAUUGUCAAAAGUCAGAUUGGUUGAUGCAGGCUUCACUUGGACUGAGCCGCAUUCCAAGCGUAUCAAGGUCAAACUAACUAUUCAAAAAGAGGUCUUUGCAUCAACUAUUUUACAGCAGGUGUUUAUUGUUGAGUAUAUUGUUGCUGGCCAAUACUGUGAAGAAUGCACUCGUGUGGAUGCCCAGUUGACAUGGAAGGCAGUUGUUCAGCUUCGUCAAAAGGUUGCGCACAAGAGAACUUUUCUGUGGCUUGAACAGUUUAUUCUCAAGCAUAAUGCCCAUAAAGACACAAGCAACAUAAAGGAGUUUCGUGAUGGUUUGGACUUUUAUUAUACGCAGAGAUCGCAUGCUAUCAAAAUGGUCGAAUUUUUAUCUUCGGUUGUUCCACUUAAAUCCAAAACUUCUGAACAGCUAAUUUCAACAGAUACUCAUGCCGGUACUUCUGAUUAUAAAUUUACUUACUCGGUUGAAAUCGUUCCUAUCUGCAAGGAUGAUUUGGUUUGUCUUAGUCAUAAAAUGGCUCGUACACUUUCUGAAAUUAGUCCAUUGGCACUAUGCACUCGUGUAAGCAACGUGGUCACAUUCACUGAUCCUAUUACUGGAAAAUCUGCUGAGAUGCGUGCACCUCAAUUUUGGGACUCGCCGUUUCCCACUCUGUGUGAAACCAAAGAUUUGAUCGAGUUUUAUGUGAUUGAUGUGCAACUCGAAGGUCAAUUUGGCAGACAUCAAAUGGCUACAGUAGAAGUUUCCAGAUCCAACGAUUUAUCGCGAACAUUUAUCGUCCGUACACAUUUGGGAUUCAUUCUCAAUGCAGGGGAUCAUGCCAAGGGAUACAUUAUUGCGAAUGCUAAUUUCAACAAUGACAAUUUCGACCAUCUUAUGACAAGCAAUCGACGUGGAUUGGUUCCAGAUGUGGUGCUUGUAAGAAAAUCGUAUCCAAACGCAAGAAGGAAGCGUCGUCGUCGUAACUGGAAACUAAAGGGAUUGGUCAAGGAGGAAGACGGAGAAGUCAACCGAACAAAACUAGACAAAUCUAAAACCGAAGCUGAUUACGAAGUAUUCUUGCGAGAUGUUGAAGAGGACCCUGAACUGCGUAAUAUGGUCAAUCUUUACAAAGGUAUGUUGUGUAUGAUGGAUUGGGACUCAUUUUUUGCGUAUCAAUACUUGAUAUUAACACCAACCGAUAUGUUUAGCUCCCGAGCAAAUCAAACCAGCCGAUGA